AUGGCGACCAAAGUAUACGAGACACGAGACUCAAUUGCGAAUGUCUAUGGACAGCGUACGCCGUACAAGCACCAGUGGCCGACGCGAUGCGACGUACGAACGCUGGAGGAGCCGGACAAAUGGGUGCAGAGUGCUUGUGUGCUAUGCAGCAACGGCUGCGGCAUGGAUAUUGGAGUCAAAGAUGGCAAAGUAGUCGGUGUGCGCGGGCGCGUUACUGACCGUGUCAACAAGGGAAGACUGGGGCCCAAAGGUCUUCAUGGCUGGGAAUCGAUGAAUCACCCGGACCGUCUCAAACAUCCCUUGGUCCGUCGGAAUGGAAAGCUGGAACGUGCAUCCUGGGACGAGGCCAUGUCCUUAAUUGUGCACAAAACAAAAGACAUUCAAAAGCGUCUGACCAACCAUGGCAUUGGCUUCUACACCACCGGCCAGCUGUUCCUGGAGGAAUAUUAUGUCCUUGCUAUGGUCGGAAAGGCCGGUCUGAAUACACUGCACAUGGACGGCAACACUCGCCUCUGCACGGCAACGGCGGCCACCAGUAUGCGCGAGUCCUUUGGCAGCGAUGGCCAGCCGGGCUCGUAUACAGACAUCGACUACACAAACUGCAUUUUCAUGGUCGGCCACAACAUGGCGAACACUCAGACAGUGCUGUGGUCUCGUGUGUUGGAUCGCCUGGCCGGACCCCAUCCCCCUAAGCUGGUGGUCGUGGAUCCUCGAGACUCGGAGACGGCCAAGCACGCGACAGUUCACUUGGCGCCGAAGGCUGGGACAAAUGUGGCGCUGCUCAACGGAUUGCAGCAUUUGCUCUUCAAGAACGCCUGGGUGAACGAGGAGUGGGUGGAACAGCAUACCAUUGGGCGACAGGAACUGGAAAAGACAGUGGCCAAAUAUACGCCCGAAUACGUAGAGAAAAUAACCGGCGUUCCUGCCAACAUGCUCGUAGAAGCCGCCGAGAUCAUCAGCACCAGUGGAAUUCUACUGUCCACUGCGCUACAGGGGGUCUAUCAAUCAAACCAGGCCACCGCGGCCGCCUGCCAGAUCAACAAUAUCAAUCUCUUGCUGGGAUACAUUGGCAAGCCGGGCAGUGGUAUUCUUCAAAUGAACGGCCAGCCGACGGCUCAAAACAAUCGGGAGACGGGAUCCGACGCGUGGAAGAUUGACCUGGUGCACAUGCCGCACUGGAACCAACCCACCCACAUCCAAAACAUGCUCAACUAUAUAGAAGACGGCUCCAUCCAGAUGUUCUGGGUAUCUGGCACUAAUCCCCUCGUCAGCCUGCCCCAUCUCUGGCGGGUACGAGAUCUUCUCACCAAACCAGAGCUGUUCCUGGUGGUGCAAGAUAUCUUCAUGACCGAGACGGCGGCCAUUGCGGAUGUCGUCCUCCCUGCGGCACAAUGGGCCGAGAAGACGGGAUGUUUUACCAACGCCGACCGGACCAUGCAUUUAUCAAUGAAGGCCGUUGAGCCCCCAGGUGAGGCUCGAGCUGACCUUGACAUCUGGCUUGACUAUGCGAGGCGCAUGGAGUUCAAGAACAAGUAUGGGGAGCCAUUGAUUCCCUUCACCACACCCAAAGAGGUGUUUGACGAGUGGAAGAAGAUGUCGUACGGUCGACCCCUCGACUGCAGCGAAAUUUCGUACGAGAAAUUGACCGGCGGGUCGGGAAUCCAGUGGCCAUGCACUAAAGAAUUUCCAAAUGGCAAGGAACGCUUGUUUGACGACGGAAAAUUCUUCACGGAUACGGAUUACUGUGAAAGCUAUGGCCAUGAUCUGGAGACCGGUGCCCCGUACACCAAAGCCCAAUACCAGGCGAUGAACCCUGCUGGGCGGGCCAUUCUCAAGUCGGCGCAUUACAAACCAUCGCUGGAAACGCCAAAUGAGGACUAUCCUCUUUUGUUGUCCACAGGUCGAAAUGUCUUCCACUUUCAUACACGCACUAAAACCGGGAGAGCGAGGCGAUUGCAGCAAGCUGAUCCUGAACCGAUUGUGCAGAUCUCAGUGGAAGACGCCAAAGCGCUCCAUUUCACCGAGGGAGAGAUGGUAGUCGUUCGAUCGCGACGCGGAAGUGUUGAGCUCCCAGUGAGGAUCGGGGGGAUCAACCAAGGACAUGUUUUCAUUCCUUUUCACUUUGGGUAUUUCGACGCUACAGACGGGAGAGCACGGGCGGCCAAUGAGCUCACAAUCGAGCAAUGGGACCCUGUUUCCAAACAACCGAUGUUCAAGUCCGGCGCCGUCCGCAUUGAGAAGUGCGUCCAGAAGGAAGAAGAACGACAAACAAAAGCGAUUCGGAGUGUCGAGCAGAAGAAACCAGACGCGGAAAUGAGUGCAGGAGACUGUAGCAAGGACAAGAAGCUCAUCCGUCGGCUGGAGCUGUGGCUGGGAGCUACUGAUCAAGCACUGGAGAUGCUGCGCGACAUGUACGUAGAUAUGAUCCCUCGUUUGGUUCAUGAUAUGGAGAUCCACGCCGGUCUCCAGGUGAGACGCAUCACCUGUGAGGUUUUGGACGAAAUCAAGCCCAUUGUGGAGCGUUACCACGAGAGCCGACAGUACGGCCGCCGGGUGGCCGAGCGCCUACGAGACAGCAUCUUCCCUUCGAUUGGUGAAUCGAACGAUCCGUACGAGGCAUUGUCAGCGCUGCAGUCCCUUGAUCUGUUUCUGACCUAUAUCGAAGGACAUCUGACAGCUCUAUCUCCCGCAAGUCAAGCACUCUGGGAUUGUGAUUUCAUCGAUGCAGUCAAAUUCGCUCAGAAGGGCAUUCAAAGACAAAAAGCGUGGGUCAGCCAGCACAUCAAGGUGAAAAGCCCACAGACGCUGCUCGUUCCGUCGGCGGCUCCAGAUGAAUUAAGUGGAGAGGAUUCUCGAAUGGCCGGUCAAAUUCGCUGUUGA